AUGCUUCGAAGACUUGCUACAUCGCAACUCGUUCGACUUUCCCGAACUGCUUCUGCAGAAAGUGAACUGAUCCUCGAAAGGCUUUCGGGAGAUGACAAAGGAAUCGCUGUGAUUUCGUUCAAUAGACCAAAGGCGAUGAAUUCUUUUUCGAAGAAUAUGGUCAAGUGUAUGCGAGAAGCGAUUGAAGAUGUCAAGUUCGACCAAGAACUCCGGGCGGUCGUUGUCCGAAGCACCUCAGCCAAAGCCUUUUGCACUGGUGCCGAUUUGAAAGAACGCGCUGGCAUGACUCCCGAAGAAGUAGGCCCAUUCGUAGCCACUCUCCGCCGAAUGGUACGAGAUUUUUAUGACCUUCCCGUUCCUACUAUCGCCGCCAUCGAUGGCUUUGCCCUUGGCGGCGGACUGGAAUUUGCACUCAGUGCUGACAUGAGAAUUGCAUCUUCUUCUGCCAAAAUGGGACUAACAGAAACAAAACUGGCAAUCAUUCCUGGCGCCGGAGGAACGCAAACGAUUUCUCGAAUCAUCGGAGUGGCAAAAGCAAAGGAGCUUAUCUUCACUGGAAGAUUCGUUGGCUCUGUUGAAGCUGAAAGAAUUGGCCUUGUAAAUAGAGCAGUUGAGCAAAAUGAUGAUUCAAAUGCUGCUUACUUGGCCGCUCUUGACUUGGCCAGAGAGAUAAAACCUCAGGGACCUGUUGCUCUUCGAAUGGCAAAAAUGGCGAUCAACAACGGCUCCGAAGUCGAUCUGAGCAGCGGCUUGGCUAUCGAGCAAAUGUGCUACGCGCAAGUCAUCCCCACUCAGGAUCGCCUUGAAGGUCUUCUCGCCUUCAAAGAGAAACGAAAACCAGUGUACAAAGGACACUAA